GAUCUUCAAUUACUAGAGAAUUUCGUUGAAAAUAUUGUCGGCCUACGGGGCAAUUGGUCAUCGCCUGGUGGUAAAGCUAAGAGGUUUACCAGCGUAAAUUUCAAUCUGAUCGCGACGUGGUACUCGGGCACACAGAAUUCGCUAUUAUUCCAAGGAAAGGAUGGUGAUCUGCUCAAUAAUUAUUUGGUGAGUGUCUUAGAUAUAACUUGUAUUGGCCAAACAACCACGGAUACGGACAUUGAUUUUAUGACCAACAUAGCGGAUUCG